UCCUUUGUAAGGCGCAGCAAAAAAGACAAUCAGAUACAAUAUCAGGGAUCUCCUGGUAAGGCUUCUGGCUACCAUUAGUUCUGACUACUGAGGUUUUGAUGAGAAAAAUGGCUGUGAGUUUUGAAAUGUCUUUGAGAAUUUCUUGGAUUUGUUGCCUGCUAAUUGGAGGGAUAACCUGUUAUCCUCCACCUAAAGGUAAUUAUAGAUAUAUUCCCCAAAAUCAAGUAAAAGGAACUGGCCACAAUGCAGCGGAAGCUACUGGCUCCCGUGCCUCGACAAGUGAAGCUACCGGCUCCCGUGCCUCAGCAGGUGAAGCAGCCACCCAUAAUGCCUCUGCAAGCGUCACGACUGGCCCAAAUACCUUAGCUGAAGCAACUGGCCACAAUGCUUCAUCAAGCGCCACGACAGUCCCAAAUGCCUUAGGUGAAGCAACUGGCCACGGUGCCGCGGAAGCAACUGGACACAGUGCCAUGCAAACGGCCACUCAUAAUGCCUCAGAAGCGGCCAACCACAAUGCCUCUGCAAGCGUCACGACUGGGCCAAAUACCUUGGGUGAAGGAGCCGACUCCCGUGCCUCAGCAGAAGCAGCAACCCAUAAUACCUCAGCAAGCAUCACGACUGGCCCAAAUACCUUGGGUGAAGGAGCCGACUCCCGUGCCUCAGCAGAAGCAGCAACCCAUAAUAUCUCAGCAAGCGUCACGACUGGCCCAAAUACCUUAGCUGAAGCAACUGGCCACAAUGCUUCAUCAAGCGCCACGACUGGCCCAAGUGCCUCAGGUGAAGUAACUGGCCACAGUGCCUCUGCAGAGGAAGCAACUGGCCACAGUGCCACGCAAGCGGCCACCCAUAAUGCCUCGACAAGUGUGGCAGCUGGCCCAAAUACCUUAGGUGAAGCAUCUGGCCACAGUGCUUCAUCAAGCACCACGACUGGCCUAAAUACCUUAGGUGAAGCAUCUGGCCACAGUGCUUCAUCAAGCACCACGACUGGCCUAAAUACCUUCGGUGAAACAACCGGCCACUUUGCCUCGGCAGAGGAAGCAACCGGCCACAGUACCUCAAGGGCGGAAUCUGGUUCAAAUGCCUCGGCAGAAGCGACAGGCGCCCUUGCCUCGGCAGAAGCGACAGGCGCCCUUGCCUCGGCAGAAGCGACAGGCGCCCUUGCCUCGGCAGAAGCGACAGGCGCCCUUGCCUCGGCAGAAGCGACAGGCGCCCUUGCCUCGGCAGAAGCGACAGGCGCCCUUGCCUCGGCAGAAGCGACAGGCGCCCUUGCCUCGGCAGAAGCGACAGGCGCCCUUGCCUCGGCAGAAGCGACAGGCGCCCUUGCCUCGGCAGAAGCGACAGGCGCCCUUGCCUCGGCAGAAGCGACAGGCGCCCUUGCCUCGGCAGAAGCGACAGGCGCCCUUGCCUCGGCAGAAGCGACAGGCGCCCUUGCCUCGGCAGAAGCGACAGGCGCCCUUGCCUCGGCAGAAGCGACAGGCCUUGAACAGGAGGGCCAACUCCUCAAGCAAAAUGGAUUUUAGCAGCAGUGAUGUUUCUCAGGAUUUUGGGUAUGAGGGUGACAAUGAAAGCACCCAAUGUGUCAGCUCCAGCAGCGUUCAAGGCAGCAUCGUUGAACAGUCAAUUCUCGUACUAACAUAGUUACAAAUCGGUGUAUGAGAAGGGCAAUACUGUCUACUCCCAAACCUGCCACACCACUGGGUAGGUUAUGCAAACGUCACUACAGUCCGAGAGAUAUCUCUGAAGCAAGCAUAUCCCCACCUGCUACAAACUCACAACCUGCUAAAGUAGCCCCGCCACAAGGGAACGACUACUGGGAUGCAAUGUAAUGUGCAACUUCUACACUCACCUGCACUUUGCGUUCUGAUUUUGAAAUCCGUUGUACUCAUCGUCUAUCAACAGAAUUGCAAUGGUAGAUUCAUCCUUUGGAUGACAAUUCUGAGUUGUUGCUGACACUUUCUUUAAGCUUCCACUGUAUGCUUAUGCGUCGGCCAGGGAGUUGCUGCUGCUCGUUCUACCCUGCAUUACUUGUAAAACAAUAAAAUAUUGUACCUUUUUU